AUGGGAAGUAGCAAGCAUCGCCACAGCAAGGACAAAUUAUACAUUUUGCCUUCUGAGUUAGCCAGGACUCAGGCUCCCACGGCCACCAACAGGCCUGCCGAGCUCGUUCCGCUGGAUUCCUGCUUCCUCUCCCUCGUUCCCUUCACUAACCCCUUUUGUACCAUAGAAGGUCAUGUUUUUGACCACGAUAAGAUUAAAGAGUUUGUUUCCAAGUAUGGAAGGAACCCAGUUACAGGUGAAACUUUAACCAUGGAUGACCUGUUUCCCUUACAUUUUACUAAGGACGAGAAAAACUUUUUUCAGUGCCCGCUUUCACUCAAAAGGUUCACUUCAGGCUCCCACAUUGUGGCUGUGAGGACUUCCGGGAACGUGUACGGCUAUUCGACGCUAAAACAGGUGGCAGCAAAGCAAUCUGACGGCUCCAUGAGCGAUCCUCUAUCUGGGAUUAAGUUUACCAAGGCAGAUAUAGUCACCAUUCAGGACCCUCAUAACACCGACCUGAGGACCAUCGCAAACUUCAAGCACGUGAACUCGACGUACUUCAAGGCGCAGAGGAGCGAGAACGAGAUCAAGGGCAACCACAUCUACUCCGCAGUGAUGACCAAGAUGGUCGAGAGGCCGGAGCUGCUGGACAAGCACGCGAAGAUCUUCAAAAGCGACCAGAGCGACGCACCCGACCGGCCGAAGCACGAGCUGUUCACCACCGGCAGCCACGCGAGCAGCUUCACGUCGACGUCAGUCGACCCCAGCUACCGCGUCGAGUACCGCGACAAGACCGUCUUCGAGGUGCGGCUGCCGCUCUACGAGUACGUGAAGCGGCGGAAGCAGAAGGGCUACGUUAAGCUGAGCACCAGCGACGGCGACCUCAACGUGAUGCUCCACGCCGACCGCGUCCCCGUCGCCUGCGACAACUUCCUGCAGCACUGCGAGGACGGCUACUACGACGGCACCGAGUUCUUCCGCUGCGUGCCCGACUUCAUGAUCCAGGGCGGGGACCCUACGAACACGGGCCGCGGCGGCGAGAGCGCCUUUUCCACCAGGGCCAGGCGGGACGGGGUCUCCGAGGCCGUCCCCCGGUUCUUCCGCGACGAGUUCGACAACACGCUCUUCCACGUCGGCGCGGGCGUGCUCUCCAUGGCCAACAAGGGGAAACACACCAACGGCUCGCAGUUCUUCAUCACCUUCAACACCUGCUCGCACCUCGACAACGUGCACACGGUGUUCGGCAAGGUCGUGGGCGGCCUCGAGGUGCUGCGGCGCUGGAACGCCCUCAAGGUCGACGACGAGGAGCGUCCCCUGAAGCCUCCCCGGCUCCUCGCCACCCUCGUCUACUGCAACCCCUUCGAGGAGGCCCGGAGGGCCCUCGACAAGGAGCGCGAGGAGCAGCUGCUCGAGUCGCGGAAGCGCGCCAACAGGAACACGAAGAAGUGGCUCUUCGACGCUGCCUCCUCCGAGGCUCCAGACUCUAAGCGCGCGAAGCUGAACGAGGUCGGGUACCUCAUCAAGAAGUAA